CGGCACCCGGGCGCGCGGGUGGCGGGUCUGGCUCGGGACCAUGGAGAAGACCAGCCUCCGGCCGUCCUAGAGCGGCGCUGCGCUGGGGAACGCCUCCGCCCGCGCUUCCGCCUCGGCGGCGGUCGGCGGGGGCGACCGGGUCUUCGGCGGCCCCGCGCCGUGCGGUGGCCCGCCCCCAGCCCCUGUCCCGGAGGUCGGGCGUCAGGGCCCACAGACAUCGCCCAAGGGGCCCUUGCCUGCCGAGGCGCCACCAACCCUCCUGCCCCGAAGAGCUGGCCUGACGUCCCCCGGCUCGCGGUACCCGGGGUGGGGGCGGUGACGCGUGGGGUCGCCCACUUCCCGCGGUGGAGUGUUCAGAUUCGCGUCGGGUCUCCGGUCAGCAUCGCCCCUGGGACCUUGAGCGGCGCCCCCUUUCCCCGGGGGCCAGAUCACCACUUGGAUUUUGCCGUGCAGCCCGUGGUUGGUCCAGGGCCCGGUUAUCCUACCUUUUCUCUCAAUGCUCAUUUGGGAUCUUUGCCACCAUCGCUAGAAUCAUUCGGUACAAACUCACUGGUAAUUCAUUCAUCGUGGGCCAGGGAUUUUUCUUGAAAGCCACAAAUCCACGGCAGCUCUUGACUCUCGCUUCUCAGACAUUCUUUCGAGGAAUCUUCAGCCUCACCAGGCAGCUUUGUCGAAUUUACACAGGAAGCAGAUUCAGCACCCCACGAACCACUGGAGGAGCUCCGCAGGUGUUUGCUUUUCCAAACAGAGAGGGCAGUGCAUGAAGCCAGGGGUCAUCAGCCAUGCUCCAGACUCUGUGGUCCCAGGAGCCAGUGACCUUUGAGGACGUGGCAGUGUACUUCACCCGGAAUCAAUGGACUAGCCUGGACCCCAUGCAGAGGGCCUUGUACCGGGAGGUGAUGCUGGAGAAUUAUGCAAAUAUAACUUCCUUGGGAGCAUUUCCAUUCCCCAAACCAGAGCUGAUACUCCAGCUGGAGCGAGGAGAGGCACCGCGGGGCCUGGAUCCCUGGACACCCACGAGGAGAGAGGCCCCGGGAGAUGUCCACAAAGGUGGUAAAAACAAGACUGCGAAGGAGGAGCAAACCCCAAGGCCGGACGUUUCUGGAGCAUCGGCGGCCCAGAGACUGGCGGUGGAGGGGCUGCUCCCGGACGGUCCCCAGCAGCCUCACCUUAAAGCCAGCUUGGAGGAGCCACCGCUGUGUGACCUGGGGGCGGACACGGGCUCACACGGAGGGGGUUUCACGGGCUGGCCGGUGCAGGGGUACAGACCCUCCACCAGGGAAAGGGAGGAGCCAGCCAGCACACCGCAGGGAAGCGCCGGUGUCCGUGUCCUGACGAAGCCGGGCCUGCGCCGCGGACCGGCGGUUUACGCGCGCGGCGAGCGCGGCCGGUGUUUCGGCCUGCCUUCAGACCUGCAGCGGCAUCAGAGCGUCCACACGGAUGACAGGCCCUUCAGAUGCAAGGAGUGCGGGAAGGCCUUCAGGUACUGCUCCAAACUGGCCCGGCACCAGAAGAGCCACACCGGGGAGAGGCCUUACUCGUGCCAGGAGUGCGGGCAGGCCUUCGGCCAGAAUUCCCACCUCCGGCAGCAUGGGAAACUGCACGGCGGCGACAAGCCCUACGAGUGUCAGGACUGCGGGAAAACCUUCAGCUACAACUCCAAACUCCGCCGCCACCGGCGGGUCCACACGGGGGAGAAGCCCUUCCGGUGCGAGGCCUGCGGCAAGGCUUUCCGGUGCAGCUACGACCGCCUCGUCCACGAGCGAAUCCACACCGGGGAGAAGCCGUACGCGUGCCAGGCGUGCGGGAAGAGCUUCAGCUCCGCGUCGGUGCUCGGCCAGCACCAGCGAACCCACACCGGGGAGAAGCCGUACGCGUGCGAGGAGUGCGGGAAGGCCUUCGGCCGCAGCUCCGCCUUCCUCCAGCACCGGCGGCUGCACACGGGCGAGAAGCUGUUCAAGUGCACCGAGUGCUGGAAGACCUUCAGCUGCAGCUCGCGCUUGGCCGUGCACCGGCGGGUGCACACCGGGGAGAGGCCCUACGGCUGCCAGGAGUGCGGCAAGGCCUUCAGCCAGAAGGUCACGCUGGUCCAGCACCGGCGGCUGCACACCGGCGAGAGGCCCUACGAGUGCGCCGCGUGCGGCAAAGCCUUCAAGUGGAGCGCCAGCUUCGUCCAGCACCGCAAGCUGCACGCGCGCCGGGGGGCGGCGCCGGGGCCCGGGCCCCGCCGCCCCGCGCUACCCGCCCCCGCGCUGCCGGGGGCCGCCCCGCCUGCCCCACACCCCGCGCCGCGGCCCCCGCCCGCGCCUGGCUUCGUGCUGCGCCCCCGGGCCGCGGCGGCCGGCCCUUCGCCCGGGCGAAUGGCGCACGGCCUUCGGGACCUCACUUCCCCCGGGAGCCCGAACCCCUCGCCCCACGCCCGGUGAGCCCCUCACGCUCUCCACCGCCCGCCCGCCCGCCCGCCCAGAGGCCUGUUGCCCCGGCCCCGCGUCUCUGUCGUUGCUCUCCUGGGCUCGUGUGAGUCGUCGUUGCUUUCCCAGUUCCACGUCUGGUCUCACCCUUAAGGACCGUGUUGGAUUCCCCGCUUCCGUCCCCGGGGUAGGAAAUGGUGGCGGCUGUCACUUGCGGUGUUCGGGAUGGGCCGGUAGCCUCGGGCUGCACCUGCCUUCUCUGCUGGAUUUGGAGGAGUUUACAGACGAUCUGGGGGGUUUAGGGGCGCGGCAUGCCAAUGACAUGGCCUGCUGUAGUUCAAGAAAUUGGGGAGGGGCACCUGGAUGGCUCGGUAGGUUAAGCAUGGGACUUGGGCUCAGGUCAUGAUCUCCUCUGUUCCAGCCCCGCGCAGGGCUCUCUGCUAUCAGCACAGAGCCUGCUUUGGGUCCUCUGU